AUGAGCGACUGGUGGCUGAACGGCUUCCUAUUUCCCGAGCCGGUUAUACCGUCAGAUUUUUCACCAUCAUUCUGGACUCUCUAUGCACUCACGACUAUGACACCGCAACGCUUCGAGAGACUCCUGCGGGCCUGCGAGGUCGAUGAACAAGCGCGCGUCAGCCUUUUAGCUUAUCUCACACACAACAACCUCGCGUUUCAGCCAUGGGUGGAGGACCGCCUGGAGGCGAUACUAUCGCCCAUAACACGUCUGCCACCGGAGAUUCUAAUCGAGAUCUUUAGGCUCGUCGCCGAGCUUGAUCCUCCAUGGUGCUUUUUCCCUUUGGGAGACGAGGACGAGGACGAGGAUGAUGAUGAGGACGAGUUCCACUCCAUGGGAUGGCUCAGCCUCAGUCAAGUCAAUCGUCGAUGGAGAUACCUCUGCCUGAGCACGCCCGACCUGUGGGCAUCACAUAUCACUCUCCAUCCAAACGUCACAGAGCUCUUCCUAGAACGCGCGGGGCACCGCGCUCCGUUGACCAUCCAUAUCGAACCCGACAACCCUCUGGCGGUCGACGCGGACUUCGCCCUUCUCGUAGCGACCAAACUCAUCGGACGCCUGAGAAAGUUGGUCUGGUGCACACCUGAUGCGCCAAUUCUACGGACCUUGCUCGAUUCCCUUCAAGGUGGAUCAGAUCUGUCGUCUUUGGACCGUCUCCUCGUCGAGAAGAGAGGAGACCGGGAAGCCGAUUUGUUUCGCCAGAACUACGGCGUUGGCCCCAUCGACCUACCCAAUGCCACCAGCGUGGGCUUCCAAGACUGUUUCAUCCCCUUCUCCGCCCCUCGAUUGGUCUAUCUUAACCUCUCCCUUGUCGCUAUAUCUUGCGCCCAUCUCUUCGAUACCCUCAAGAGAUCACCAGGAUUGAAGUCUUUGGAACUUGAAGGGUGUAUCUUCAGCGAAGACGUCACUGGUUGUGCGGUCGUCUCGUUGCCGAAACUCCGAUCCUUCAUCUUCACCGGCUAUGGGGACGAAGAAACGCCGAUUUUUGUCUACAGUGCCAUCAUAGCGCACUUGCUACUACCUGCCUCGGCCACCUUGCUCAUCGACCUGAACGAUCAGCCUGGUCACCCAGAAGAGUUCGACCCCUUCGUUCCCACUGUACUAUCAUUAUGGCGCGAGGACCCGCCCUCAGGACUGAGGGUAAUCAGCCUCAAUCUUAAGCACUGCAACCACCAAAGCGCGCAGAUCGAGUUCUUCUCCGGUAUAUCUCAUGAUCACGCGAAACCGCACUACGAGCAUUGGGCCGAAGAUUUUUGGCAGGCUAAGCGCCGAGCCGAGUUCCGCAUCAAGAGUGCGCCGAAUGACCUCGUGCGAGCGAUCCAUACGCGGCUGCCCAUACGCGCGGAACUGGCCACAAUCGUGUACCUCUCAGCCGACGUGGACCAGUUCGACUUGGAGGGGUGGAUCCGUAUCUUUCAAGCUCUGCCCAACCUGCGCACGCUCCAGUUGAUUCGCCGCGCGGAUGAUGAGAGCGAUGAGGGUGGGAGUGAAGGCGAGGCGAUGGGUGCCGCUCGACCGGCUGAAUCUGUGGGCGCCUUCACCGCACUCGCGUCGCCCCUCGCAAUCGCCGUUCCUUCGGCGCCUGGCACCUCAAAUACAUCAUCACCUGCCCCUGCUGCCCUACCCCUUCCAUACCUCAACACUCUCUGGCUUACUCGGUACGGCGAAGAACACGGUAUACAUGACCAGUUCAUCCUCAAGCACCUAGCCGCGGCCGUCAAGAAACGCGCCGAGCUCCGCGCGCCGGCUUUGACGAGUCUGAGGCUCGACAUUGUCGAUGAGCCUAAAGAGGAGGAGGGGGAGCAGGGAGGAUGGGGGGAUAAGUGUGUGCUAAGUGGGUUGGUUGAGAGUGUUCGAUGGAGGGGGUGUUAG